AUGCCGAAAGUCAGCUCAAAGUCCGCCAAAGUCCGCUCAUCUCCUAAGAAACUAGGCCCAAUAUUUGGUGGCUGUUCUGAGGAGGAGAUAAGAUCUAGAACCCUUCCGGAACUGAUCCGACCCAACCUCUCCCUUCUGUUCGUGGGGAUCAACCCAGGUCUUUACUCUGCAUACAAGGGUCACUACUACUCAAAGAAGGGUAACCAUUUCUGGCCCUGUCUUGUACAGUCCGGCCUGGUUCCCUCAAAUUUCGGACCUGAGAACGAUCAGGAUUGUUUAAGUUUGGAGACAAGUAUCGGGUUUACUGACAUUGUUAGUCGGUGUACACGUGCACAGAGCGAACUUAAAGACGAAGAGUUUGAUGAAGGAGUGAGGGAGGUGCGUGCUAAACUGAUAAAAUAUAACCCGAUGGUGGUUGUGUUCAAUAGUAAGCAGAUAUUUUCCCGGUUCACGGGAGAGAAAAUGAAGGAUGUGAAGAGUGGGCGGCAGAGUUACAAGUUGGAGGGGUGUUUUAGUGUGUUCUACAUGAUGACUAACACUUCCCCUCUCAACGCUCAUUUCCCUACCGUACAGUCUAGAAUGUUCUAUUAUGAAGAGAUUAAGAGUUUGUUAGCAGAGCAGAGGGUGAGUCCAUACUGGAGAACUAACUCGGAGAAUAGUCAGGGAAAUGGUUACAUGGACAAUGGGUCAGAUGAUCAUUGA